ACCACGGGCUAGCUCGCUCCUAGCGGAGUUGGGAGCCCCAGUGCCACCCAGUUGCCCACAAAAACUAUUGUCCAGGGCAACCUCCUCCCCUCCAGAACACCCCUCAGAAGCUGUCCUCUUGCAGGUGUAACCCGCACCCUCUCGGAAACAUCCGCAGAUCGUGAACCCCACGUGCAGGGCGCCAGCGCCACGCUGCAGGGUGCGGGUGCCCGUGAGCCAGCUAGCCCGCGAACGAGCACGAGCAGAGGAAGGUGGGUGCGCGAGUGGGCCCGGGAGGGAGACACCUCCGGAAAAGGGAGCCACGCUGCUGUGCUGGCAAGACCGCAGUGCCACCUCUCUGGAGAAAGUCCUCACGCCCGCGCUCGCACGCACGUGCACACGGCCAGCAGGGAGAGCGCGAGCCAGAGCUUUUCAGUGCAGGGCGCCUUAAAGCCAUGGCAUCUGCCCUCAACAGCAAAAUCCAGCCGCCAGGAACCUGCGCGAGCUCUAAAGCCGACGCCCGCGCUGGCUCGGGCUGGAGAAUGGACUGUGAUCCCGAGAUGCACGUGAAAAUGUGCAAGAAAAUCGCUCAGCUCACCAAGGUGAUUUAUGCCCUGAAUACUCGCCAGGAUGAGGCAGAGGCCAGUGCCGAGUCACUAAGGGAAGCCCACCAGGAGGAGCUCCAGGACGCAGUGGCUGAAACCAGGGCCAGGCUCUUGCAGGAACAGGAACGCACCAGUGAGGAUGCAGAGGUGCUUCUAAAGCGCAUCCAGACCCUGGAGAGUGCCUUGGAGCUGCAGAAGAGGCUGACCCAAGAGGCCUUGGCUGAGUCAGCCUCCUGUAAGUUGGAAACUAAAGAGAGAGAACUUCGGGUGGAAGCUGAGCACGCUGAGCGAGUCCUGAUUCUUUCCAAGGAGAUGCUGGAACUCAAGGCUGAUUAUGAGAAGAGACUCCAGCUGCUGACCAGCCAUGAGGGGCCCCAGUGGGGCCAGCUAUCCCAAGACAGCCCCGAUGCCACGGCAGAGUCCGGCCAGCGACCGGAGAUGCACGAGGUCUUGCUGGAAGUAGAGCGAUUGCGAGCUGAGAACCAGCAGCUGAGCCAGGAUUAUGCCCGCAAAGCAGAGGAGCUACAGGCCACCUAUGAGCGGGAAAAUGAGGCCAUCCGGCAGGCCAUGCAGCAGUCUGUCAGCGAGGCCCUAUGGCAGUGGCAGGAGAAAGAGUCAGGCCUUCGAAAGAACUUCCAGGUCCAGGAGUCGGCCCUGCAGGCUCAGGUCAGGAAGCUGGAAGGGGACCUGGAACACAGAGGGCGCAAGAUAAGUGACCUCAAGAAGUAUGCCCAGAAACUGAAAGAAAGGAUCCAGGACCUCGAUGUGCAGCUGAGGGAGGCUCGGCAGGAGAAUUCAGAAUUGAAGAGUACCGCAAGGAAACUGGGCGAGAAGUUGGCUAUUGCCAAAGACAGGCUGAUGCUCCAGGAGUGUCACGUGACACCGAAAGCUGAUGACGUGAAGACUGAGACGGAAGUCCUGAGCAAAACCAAUGACCUGGAAGCCUGCAGCCUUCACCCUCAGCAGGACCAAGGCUUGCCCAAGCUGUGCCACUGUGGUGAAGGAGGCUCAGAAACACAGACCCAGAAAGAAGCAAACGGUGAAAUAGAACGCAUGAAGCAGAAAUACGAAGAAGACCUGCGUAAAGUCAGACAUCAGACUGAAGAGGAGAAGCAGCAGCUCCGAGAGCAGCUGGGGAAGCGCCUGGAGGACUUGGUGAAGAAGCACACCGUGGAAAUGAAGUCGGUGCGCUCGUCUGUGGAGGUGGAAAGACAGAAGCUGAAGGAAGUAGAAGCUCAAUUGGAAGAAGUAAAGACAAAAUCAGAAAGGGAAAUAAAGCAACUGGAAGAUGAGAAAGCUGCCCUCAGUGAGAAGCUUCAGAAUUCUCUACUUGAGGAUCCAUUCUCAAAGCCGAAGGGACCUUCCCAGACACUGACCAGAGAAGAGGGCCAGGAGCCCCUGACAGCUGAAGAAGGAACCAGCAGCGAUGAAGAAGAAAGGAUCGGAGAACCCCUCAAGGAAGGAAGUAACCUACAGCCUCCAUUGGGCUCUGGGCUAAAGGAGAAGGCAAUGGAGACUGGACAUCGACCAGAGGACUGGCAGAACCAAAAGGCCAAACUACAAACCCAGGCCACAGAGGCGCUCCUGAAGAAGGAGUCCAGUCACAGCCUCCAGAUCCAACACCAGGCACACCUGCUGGAGCUCCAGGCCCUAGAGGAGAAGGCCAGACAAGAGCUGCAAGAGCCUCUCCUGCUUGAGUCCCUGAGGCAGGAGCUGACAGAGCAGCGAGUUGCCUGCUCUGAGCAUCAGAAGGGACUCGAGGUGCUCCAGAACGAGCAAAGGGCCCUGGGACCCUUGGGGAAGUGGCAGGCCAUCAAUCAGUGUCCAAGGAAUGGCACAGACCACGCCUUCAUUACAGAGGACGUGGGCGUUGUAGAGCCUCCUGGUUCCAUGCCCUGCGCGGCCAAGAAGGGGCUCCUGGAGGAGAAUGCUCAGCUCCAAGGCACUGUAUUACGCCUGCGUGCAGAGGUGGAACAGCACCUGCAGGAGGCGCUGCAGCUGCGUGAGCAGCACCGGUUGCUGGAGGAGGACCAGAAAGCCCAGAGAGCCAUGGAGGUGGAGGCACUCCGCCAGGAGCACCGGAAGGAGAUGCAGGCCAUGGUGGCAGAUUUCAGUGGUGCCCAGGCCCGACUCCAGGCCAGGCUGGCUGCCCUGGAAGCCGAGCUGAAAGAUUCUGGAGAGAAGCCAGGGAAAGGAACUUCGCGGCCUGAGGACCUGCAGCUCAUAGGCCGCCUGCAGACGCGCCUGAAGGAGAGAGAGGACAUCAUCAGGCAGCUCACGGAAGAGAGAAGAUUUCACUAUGCGGCCUUCCCCAGUGCGAUGUCCCACCGGAAUCGGUCCUUCUCUUUCAAUCCUCACCCGGGAUACUUGACCCCUUCCAUGAAGAAAAAGAAGAUGGAGGAAGUGCCCAGCCGCGUGGUCAGCGUGCCAAACCUUGCCUCCUACGCAAAGAACUUCCUGAGCGGAGAUCUGAGCUCCAGAAUCAAUGCCCCUCCCAUAACUAAGUCACCCAGCCUGGACCCAAGCCCCAGCUGUGGCCAGCCUUACAAACCCACCCAGUCACUCGAUGGGAAAACUGCCACAAGAGCACAAGAUGGAGAACCAGGCCAAGCCAAAGAGGCCCCACAAAAGCAAGGUUCUCCGCAUCAGGAAUGGUUUACCAAGUACUUUUCAUUCUAAACUGGUCUUUGGGAUCUGUUCCAAUGAGUACAUUAGAAAAUCAUUACAACUAUCUGAAGGAAUGAAUUAAAAUCACCCAACCAGGUAACUAGCUGGUACUGACUUACAUGUUAUAGAUUGCUAAAACAAAGUGUGGCACUAACAUUCCAGUUUCAUUGUGACACCUGCUUAUUUUACAAUUCUUACAGUUAAAGCUGAAGCAAGCCAGUUAUUAAAAAGCACCCCUUGGGCAGGGCAAUGGUGGCACACACCUUUAAUCCCAGCAGUAAGGAGGCAGAGGCAGGUGGAUCUCUGUGAGUUCCAGGACAGCCAGAGCUGUUACACAGAGAAAUCCUGUCUUGAAAAACAAAACAAACAAAAAAAAUAAAUAAAAUAAAAAAUAAAAAAAGAGAGGGGGGGGGGAGAAAACAAAACAAAACAAAAAGCACCCCUUGGAAAAUGCUAUUAAUCUCUGAUGACCAAAUUACCAAUCAUAUUUCUAGUGCCUGUAAUGUCACACUCCACUUGGUGGGAUAUCAGACAUGUGACUGCCAUGGUCUGCUUUAAAAAUGUUUUCAUUUUUUUUCUUGGUCAUCUCCAUUCAAAGAAUUAUGCUAUAUAUUUCCACAUAUGUAAAAUGAUAAUUCCAAAAUGCACAUCUCACCUCAAUAUGAAGAGGAAUAAAAUAAAGCCAAUGAAGACAAAACAAACAAAAAAACAUCAAACCUACCAGGAAUGGACUGUAGCAUGCUUGGACUGCAUGUUUUGGCUUCCAAGGUCUAACACAGGCCACCGACUAAGGAGGGACAACACCUACCUCACCUGGGACUCUGCAAGAUUAAGCAGUAUACUCUAGGUACAGCCAUCAGCCGGAACUGGAAUGCUCAGUGAACUACUGUUCCACCUGCCACACAUCAUCUUCAGCGACCAUUGUGCAACAGUCUUUUGUGAAGGAUUCUAGACUGUCCUCUGAUGUCAAAGAUUGCUGGACCCCAUACAUCCCCCUCAUAUGUAUGCCCUCCCCACCGCAUGGACUCCCAGGAGAACCGGGAACUGCCCAUGGUGCUGAACUUGCGAUUGGUCCUUGUCUUACCCUCUGACAGAGCAGAUCUGACACAAUUUUCAGUGGGUAGAUUUUUCUCUCUGGUGCUGGUCCAGCAAGUGGCUUAUCAACAGAUGCCAAUUCUAUGCAUUGUCAAAUAUUUGCUCUUUGAAUAAAACCCUAAACAACUGGGCAAUAAAAA